CUAUUGGAAAUCACCUUUUAUGAUCCCGUAAUUAAGUCGGCAAUUGGUCCUAUAAAUGAAGGCUUCCCCAAUACCAAACCCUUCAUCGUUAAGAAUUUCAGAUCCCUUAAAAACCAGAGGCAAACCCAAAUUCUUUGAAGCUCUUGCAAGUUCUCUCUCACCUCUAAGAUGCAGAUCUUUGUGAAAACCCUCACAGGCAAGACCAUCACCCUCGAGGUUGAAAGCUCUGACACCAUUGACAAUGUCAAAGCCAAGAUCCAGGACAAGGAAGGCAUUCCCCCAGACCAGCAGAGGCUGAUCUUUGCUGGCAAGCAGCUUGAGGAUGGCCGCACCCUCGCCGAUUACAACAUCCAGAAGGAGUCCACCCUCCACUUGGUGCUACGUCUCCGUGGUGGUAUGCAAAUAUUUGUCAAGACCCUUACCGGGAAGACAAUCACCUUGGAAGUUGAAAGCUCGGAUACUAUUGACAAUGUCAAGGCAAAGAUCCAGGACAAGGAGGGAAUUCCCCCAGACCAGCAGAGGCUCAUCUUUGCUGGAAAGCAGCUUGAGGAUGGUCGCACCCUUGCCGACUACAACAUCCAGAAGGAGUCCACCCUGCACUUGGUGCUCCGUCUCCGUGGUGGUAUGCAGAUCUUUGUCAAGACCCUUACAGGGAAGACAAUCACCUUGGAAGUUGAAAGCUCGGAUACUAUUGACAAUGUCAAGGCAAAGAUCCAGGACAAGGAGGGAAUUCCCCCAGACCAGCAGCGGCUCAUCUUUGCUGGAAAGCAGCUUGAGGAUGGUCGCACCCUUGCCGACUACAACAUCCAGAAGGAGUCCACCCUUCACUUAGUGCUCCGACUACGUGGUGGUAUGCAAAUCUUUGUCAAGACCCUUACUGGGAAGACAAUCACCUUGGAAGUUGAAAGCUCAGAUACCAUUGACAAUGUCAAGGCAAAGAUCCAGGACAAGGAGGGCAUUCCCCCGGACCAGCAGAGGCUCAUCUUCGCUGGUAAGCAGCUUGAGGAUGGACGCACCCUUGCUGACUAUAACAUCCAAAAAGAAUCGACUCUGCACUUGGUGCUCCGGCUGCGUGGUGGUAUGCAGAUAUUUGUGAAAACUCUGACUGGGAAAACCAUUACUCUGGAAGUGGAAAGCUCUGAUACUAUUGAUAAUGUGAAGGCCAAAAUCCAGGACAAGGAGGGUAUUCCCCCAGACCAGCAGAGGUUGAUCUUUGCAGGCAAGCAGCUCGAGGACGGAAGGACCCUUGCUGACUACAACAUUCAAAAGGAGUCCACUCUGCACUUGGUGCUUCGACUGCGUGGUGGGAUGCAGAUCUUUGUGAAGACUCUGACUGGCAAGACCAUAACGUUGGAGGUGGAGAGUUCGGAUACAAUUGAUAAUGUGAAGGCCAAGAUUCAGGACAAGGAGGGCAUUCCUCCAGACCAGCAGAGGCUCAUCUUUGCCGGUAAGCAGCUUGAGGAUGGGAGGACUCUUGCAGAUUACAACAUUCAGAAGGAGUCUACCCUUCACCUUGUCCUUCGUCUCCGUGGCGGUUUCUGAAUUCUGAAUGAUCCUUGUGGUUCCAUCCUUCUCUGAUCAGUGAACAGUGGCUUUGUUAAGUAUUUUUUGUUUUGAAUUCUCGUACUUGGCCGAUGGAUGAUGGGUCACACUAAGACUAUCUAGUUAAUAAAUAAACUUGCUUUGUAUGUAUCUGCUCUGUUUUUUAUUAGCAUUUGAAAUUUCUGUUAAUACAUGCAUCUAUAUUGCUCUAUAA